CAAAUUUCACAUCUUUCUUCCUUUUAAUCGUAUGUUUUUGGCUCUGUUUUGUGUGUUUUGAUUACAAUGGCAGACCGUCCAGCGCCCCACCAGAUCCAAGUGCACCCACAGCACCACCGCUUUGAGGGUGGAAGGCAUUAUUAUCCCCAAGAGGGUCCAUCGGCAAGCCAGAUUUUGGCCGUCAUCACCCUGCUCCCCAUAGGUGGUACUCUGCUUGCUCUGGCAGGGCUGACACUGGCGGGGUCUGUCAUCGGGACGCUCGUCUCCGCUCCUCUGUUCAUCAUCUUCAGCCCUGUUCUAGUCCCCGCUGCCAUCGUCAUUGGGCUAGCUGUCACCGGUUUCUUGACGUCCGGAGCUUUUGGGCUGACAGGGUUGUCCUCACUCUCCUAUGUCAUAAACUGCAUCCGGAAGGUCACCGGAGCUGACCAGUACAGUCUGGACCAGGCUAAAAGUCAGGUGGGGCUGAAGAUAAAGGAUUUGGGACAGGGGAUUCAGAGCAAGGCUCAUAGAAUUGGAGAUUAAAUCAUGGAAGGCAAAAUGGAUUAAAGGAAGGUUUAUAAAGCAAUAAACUGUGGGGUUCCCACAGAUAGGAAGGAAUUUACUGGUUUCUGAGUGUGAUAAACAGUGUAUCUAUGCAGUCAACCGUCUAUGUUUAGAAAGAGCUGGUGGGUUUCUUGUAAAAUAAUGUUCAUUUUCUGUUGGUUUCUGUGUCACCAAUGUUGAAUUCAAUUGUGUUUCUACAAUGUUUGCUUUAU